AUGAAGACAUACACUCUCGCUGGCCUUGUUGCCUCUCCUCUCGCUGCCAUGGCCGCACCUGCCUGGACCAUGGUCGCAUUCAACGAGAGCGUACCUGAGAUUCACGGCAAAACGAUCAAUGCCGACAGUGGUCUAUUCUGGGUCAACAAGGACGCUGCGGCCGUCUGCCCCGACUACGACCCUCAAUGCCCUGCAUCUGAAGCGACUAUCGUUUCUGGGCCCGUCUAUGGAAGUGGUAGUGCUGCCGAGCAACAAUACUGGUUCAUGGGUAUCCUUCAGGAAGGUGGUCAGAUGAUGGCUCCCGCCGGUCUUGACAACAGCUACGGUGGCCUGCCUCUCAAGUAUGCGGCUGUCGGUGCUGAAGAGAUUGGUGUCGGUGUCUGGGAUACCGCUCGUAACUCUCACCCUGGUCUUGUCCUUGACAAUAGCACUGUCGAGACUCUGGGCGCCCCUACCAUUCGCUCCCAGGCUACUGUCCGUCCCUACACAUGGAUGGCCUGCCCCUACCCCGACACCUACCCUCACCCUGCAUCUCUCGAGGCAGUCGAUCUCAGCAAGCCUUUGAGCAUCAAGACCGUCACCUACGAGGACGUCGACUCUUACCCUUACUGCGCACAAAUUGAGAUCACCCUCCAGCCUUCUACUCUGGCUGCACCUCAAUACUACUUCUGCGAGGGUUGUCAAUACAGAUGCGACAACAUCUACGGCAACAGUGUCUGCAAAGCCCAGAAGAAGCCUGCCUGUCUCGAGCCUUUCUGUGGUGCCUACACCACCGAGUAA